AUGGCCUCUCUGUGGCCGCGUCCAAACCUAGUAGCUGCUGCGGCAGCAUCUCCUGCCUCUGACGGCCUUCUCCAGCUCCUGCGGGCGGAAGGUUUCGAACGGGAGGGCGACAAGGUGUACCUCGCCCCGGAGGUCCUUCAAGGAUGUUAUGGCAAGGCUGCUGAUAUCUUCAGCCUAGGGAUGACCAUGUUAGAGACAGCUUCGAAUAUCGUUGUUCCUGGAGAGUGCGUGACAUCCAUUGAAACUGUUCGAAAGCACUUGACUGACUGUGUUCCCCACUUACCUUUUUUCACUUUCGGAAUUGCAUAUUCAUCAUUCAUUCAUUCUCCCGGUCCUGUUUGGCCUUUCCGACUCACUCGCAACCCUCGUCACUCCGCGUCCUUGAACGUAUUGUCCUCUCACGACCUGCCACGCCACCAUCACCUCUAUGCGACAUGA